AUGCGGCGCCCACGUCCUCAGCAUAAUACAACUUCCCUUCCCCGGGAUUUACGUUCCGAGUUGGGAAUCCGCGAUAGAUAUGGCGAGAAGAAGCGCCGACAGAACGGCCCUGCUACACGCAAAGAUCGCCGCCAAAGCCUACAGGGCCCCCCGAAGAAGACCACGCAACGACAACAGCCUGAAGAAUCCGACGAGGACGAUUUCGAUUUGGACGAGGAUUCCGACGACGAUGUACAGACUGCGCCUAAAGGCAAAUCCAAAGCUACGAAAAAGGCCCAAAUCGACUCUGAAUCCGAGGAGGAUAACCUAUCCAUUGACUUGAACGAGGAUAGCGAGGAGGAAGAUGACGAUGAUAUCGACCUUAACGAAUCCGAAUCCGAAGAGGAAGCCGAAUCUAAACCUCACAUUUCGGCAACCGUGAAAUCCAAAUUGGAUCAAGACGAUGCCGAAAUCGCCGCUUUGGAGAAAAAGCUUGGCAUGAAGAAGGGAAGCAAACUUCCGAAGGCAUUCGCCGAGGAUGGUCUGGAUGAUUUGCUGGGUGAUUUGGCGGAAGCUUCUGAAGAUGAGGGUAAAAAGCGCAAACGGGAAGCCGACGACUGGUUGCAGAGCAAGCGACAGAAGGCACAGAAGCUCCAGGCCCAGGCCCUGAACGAGGAUGACGACAGUGAUAUGGACAGCGAUGAGGAUGAGGACGAUCUUGAUGAGCAAAUCUUCGGAAGCGACGACGAUGACAGCGACGAAGGAAGUGACUUUGAUGGCUUUGAUGAGGAUGAAAAGCCUCCACCAAAGAAAAAGGAGAACCCCUUCGUGGCACCAGUUCCCAAGGCCGCAGGAGCUGCUCCCCAGAAAUAUAUUCCUCCAUCCUUACGAGCUGCUUCGGGAUCUGAAGCGGAGUCCCUUACUCGCCUGAAGCGCCAAGCCCAGGGUCAACUGAACAAGCUUUCUGAGGCUAACCUCAUCUCUAUCGUAUCUGAAUUUGAGAAGUUGUAUCGCGACUACCCGCGACAGCAUGUCACAACUACGAUUCUCAAUUUGUUGAUGGGCCUUAUCUGCGAAAGAGCCGUUCUUCAGGAUACAUUCAUGAUUCUUCACGCGGGUUUCAUUGCAGCCCUAUACAAGCUGAUGGGCAUGGACGUUGGUGCCGAGAUUGUGCAAAGAAUUGUGGAAACAUUGGAUGCGGGUGGCGACGAGCGGGGGCCUUUUGCGGGCAAGGAGAUUGUCAACUUGGUCUCCCUUCUCACACAGCUUUACAACUUCCAUGUCAUCGGCAGUCCAUUGAUGUUUGACUAUGUUCGUCUCUUUUUAGAGGAGAUCACGGAGGACAACACCGAGCUUCUUCUCAAGGUUAUUCGAAACGCUGGUCCUCAACUUCGUCAAGAUGAUCCCUCUUCUCUUAAGGAUAUUGUCUUCCUGAUCCAGCCUGCUGUUGCCAAAAUCGGCGAGGACAAACUAUCAGUCCGCACCAAGUUCAUGAUUGAUACCAUUACCGAUCUCAAGAACAACCGCGUCAAGAAUGCCGUUGGGGCGAACAUCACAACUGAGCACAUUACCAAAAUGCGCAAGAUCCUGGGUUCCUUGAACAAUUCUCGCGUUAUCCGCGCUUCAGAGCCCAUUCAUAUUACCCGUGCUGAUAUCCACGACUCCUCCAAAAAGGGCAAGUGGUGGCUGGUUGGUGCUAGCUGGAAGGAAGAUCCCCUCGUCGCAGCACGCAAGGAAUUGCAAGAUACAGAGAUGAAGGAUGCGCAGGUUUCCGAAGAUGACAGUGACGCCGAGCCUGACUACGGUGACCUUGCGCGUGCUCAUCGUAUGAACACAGAUGUCCGCCGCUCCAUCUUCGUUGCCAUCAUGUCCGCCACCGAUUUCCAAGAUGCGCAUGUCAGACUCCUUAAGCUUCGAUUGAAGCGUGCUCAGGAAUUUGAGAUUCCCCGUGUUCUUCUCCACUGUGCAAUGGAAGAGGAGGUACACAAUCCAUACUAUACUCUCAUCGCCCGACGAAUCUGUGGUGACUUGGGACGAAAGAUUAAGGUCUCCUUCAUGUUUGCCCUGUGGAACAUUUUCAAGAAGAUGGGAGAGAAGGGAGAUAUGGAUGAUGAUGAGGAAGCAGACUUCGACCCCGAUGACGAGGAAACCGCAGUCAGCAUGAAGUCCGUGAUCAACCUGGCCAAGAUGUUCGGUAUGCUGAUUGCCGAUGGUACCUUGACUCUCGGCGUUCUUAAGACCCUGAACUUUGCCUACCUGCAGCCGAAGACCAAGCUGUUCACCGAAGUCUUGCUUAUUAGCAUUAUUCAACAGUCACAGAAGAGCAAAAAGUCACAAAAGAAGAAGGGCGACAAGUCCAAGGACGACCCUCCAAAGGAUGAGGAGUCCCUCAUGCAGAUAUUUGUGCGCGUUCAAGAUACGCCCCAAAUUGCCAAGGGUCUUAUCUUCUUCCUCAACAAGUUUGUUUCAAAGACUGAUAUUGUCGAGUCGGAGAAAGAACAAAAGCAAGUGCGCUGGGGUUGCCAAGUAGCCGUGGACGCCUUGAAAGCGAUUCGAGACUAA